AUGGCACACCAAAUAUUGAUAGGUGUGAGAUUCACAUAUGACGAGGGAAAGCACACUGCUGAGACAUUGACCAUGGAUUACCACAGAAGAGUUGGAGUCGAGGUGAGAAUAGCUAGGAUUUUCAACACCUACGGGCCACAAAUGUGCUUAGAUGAUGGUUGUGUCGUUAGUAACUUUGUCGCUCAGAUGGACGAAGAACAGUGGAUAUAUGAUAGUAUCAUGUCUGAAGAAGUUGAUAUGAAUGUUGAAAAUGAGGAAGAUGCUAGCGUGAAAGUAGAGCAUGUCGAUUGCUUUGAUGCCUUUAAUACUUCUCAGUUAUUUGCUAGUCGUGAUGAAGUUUUACAUUGGGCUCGAUCGGUGGCUCAUGACAUUGGAUUUGUUGUCGUGAUAAUGAGUACCUACAAAACAAAUAGGUACAAGCAAUUGUUGCUUGAUAUUGUUGGUGUUACACCAACAGGAAUGACAUUCUUCGUUGCUUUUGCUUACUUGGAAGGAAAACGUGUUAAUAACGUUGCUUGGGUUCUACAACGGUUUCAGGGUCUUUUCAUGAGAGUUAAUGCACUCCCCGAGGUUAUUGUGACCGACAAAGAUUUGUCUUUGAUUAAUGCAAUUAAAACUGCAUUUCCAGAUGCUACGAACUUGCUGUGUCAGUUUCACAUUGACAAGAAUGUGAAGACAAAGUGCAAAACCCUGGUUGCUCAAAAGAAAGCAUGGGAUUAUGUGAUGGAGGCUUGGGGGAGUUUGGUUAACUGUCCAUGUGAGAAUUCUUUUGAUGAGUUAAAAACAUUAAAAUGGAUUGCUCUCUGUGGCCUAUGUUUGUGGACUAUGUGUGUCAAACAUGGGGUUGAGAGUGCUCAUUGGUCAUUAAAGAGACUCUUAGAAAACUCCCUUGGUGACAUAUGCAAUGUUUGGGAAGCAAUGAAUAACAUGAUGACACUUCAACACACCCAGAUUAAAGCAUCUUUUGAGACAAGCACGCAUGUGGUUGGGCAUGUGUUUAAAGUGACCUUGUACAAAAAACUAUUUUGCAUGAUAUCAAGGUACGCUUUAAAUGAAAUUGCUACUGAGUAUGAGCAUGUACCUUAUGCAGGAAAAAACCCUACACGUUGUGGAUGUGUCAUAAGGAGUACCCACAGUCUUCCAUGUGCAUGUGAGUUGUCUAAAUAUGUUUUUGGCUCAAUACCACUGGAGAUAAUCCACAUUUUCUGGCGGGGACUUAGUUUUUCAGAUCAAGGGUUAUGUGAUGCAAAGGUAACCAUAACUGAGGAGAUGGAAACCAUAUCAAAACAAUUUGAGCAGCUCGAUAUUUGUGGCAAAGUACAUUUGAAGACAAAGCUGCGAGAAAUUGUUUAUCCUGAUCUGAACUUUAUGUGUCCUCCUCCAGAAAAGGUGAAGACCAAGGGUGCUCCUAAAAAACCAAUGACCAAACAACAAAGGUCGACAAAACGUGAUCCGUCUUAUUGGGAGUAUGUUGAUGCAUUACACUCUGUGCAAAAUAGUAAUUCUUCAGUGAAACAUAGUGCAUCAUCAUCUGAGCAACCAAUACAGAGACAGAAUAUUCCAAUGUUGGAUCAAUUUCAUCCAUGCAUCCAGGAUUCUAUUGAAAACAUUAUUGAUGUCAAAGCGGAUGGUAAUUAUGGCUAUCAGGAAAUAGCUGCCUUAUUGGGUAUGGGUGAAGAAUCAUGGUCAUUGGUGCGCAACCAUCUGCAUAAAGAACUGAUAAGCUGGUCGGAAGAGAAUAUCAACUUGCUUAGUGGCAUAGAGAGAUUUGAGGAAUUAAAGCGUUCUCUACUUGUUGACGGAUUAUCUAUGGUUACCAUGGACAAGUGGAUAAAUAUUACGGAUAUAGGAUAUGUCAUUGCUUCACGAUACAACAUGAUAGUUGUUUCUCUUUCAUGA